GGCCUCACCACGCAGAGCAGAGUCGAUCGAGAGAAGAAGAAGGUCGAGUGAGUGGAUCGAUUAGGAAGAGAAAAGAUGGGGAAGCAGCUGCCCCUGUGCAUGGUGUUCCUGAUGGCCUUCCUCAUCGUCUUUGCCAUGCCCUCUGUCCCUGCAGAGGCAGAGAGACUAUUUGCCAUCCCUUCAAGAAUUCUGGAGGGCCAUGCCCCAGGUGUUACAGAAGAAGUCUACGAGGAGGAUAAUAAGUUGUGGAAGAAGCAUGUCAAUACUUACAAGAGGGUGAACAAGCUGAUAGGUUCUUCGAGGUAUAGGAAUAUUAUGGACAUGAAUGCAGGCCUUGGAAGUUUUGCUGCAGUGCUUGAUUCUCCCAGGUCCUGGGUAAUGAACGUUGUGCCCACUAUAUCACAGAGGAACACUCUCGGUAUCAUCUAUGAGCGAGGUCUGAUUGGCAUAUACCACGAUUGGUGUGAAGCCUUCUCUACAUACCCUAGGACAUACGACCUAAUACAUGCCAAUGGUGUCUUCAGUUUAUAUCAGAACAGGUGUGAUGUGGAAGACAUUCUUCUGGAGAUGGAUAGGAUUUUACGGCCCGAAGGUGCAGUCAUACUGCGGGACAAUGUUGAUGUACUGAACAAGGUUCGAAGCACAGUGGCGGGAAUGCGGUGGAAAUCCAAGUUACUCGAUCACGAAGAUGGCCCUCAAAUCCCUGAAAAGAUUUUGAUUGCAGUGAAAGAGUAUUGGGUUGGCAGCGAAGAAGAGAACAAUUCAUAGAUACAGAACCACGGCAAUACUUGAUAACACCAUCUUUCCCUGUGAUGUGAACCCCUGGUGCUGUUUCGUCAGUGAAUAGACUUUGUUCAUACUUCAUAGGUACUGAGUACAGACCUCACCAUUCGACAUCCAGAUCCCAUAUACAAACACUGCUUGGAUGUCGUAGAUGUUUGUUGUGCAUAUAUAGUGCCAAAGCAUUAAGGAACAUUGGUGACUUGCCAAUUCAUUUUGUAGGUAAAGGACAAUACUUGGCUGGCUACUGGCUAGUUUGUGCGAAUAUUCAUUCUAAAGAUAUAUAGAGAGAGGCUUUAGUGACUU